GGAGAGAGUAUCGAGAUCAUUCUCACUCAACUCAAGGAUUCGAACAAGAUGACGUCUCCAAAGUUGAUCUUAUAUCUGAUGUGUUUGUUCUUGGGAACAAUGGCUCAGACGACUGAUCAGAAAAUAUCCUCAAGUGCUCAUCAAGAGAAACGUUUUGUAUCUGCUAAACCUGGAGAAAAUGUGACCUUACCAUGCUACAUUAAACAUGUAACAAAUUGGCUUUACUGGUUCAAACAAACCCUGGGACAGAAACCGAGGCUCAUCUCAUCCGUCUAUGUGUACGAUAAAAACCCCACUUUUUAUCAUGAAUUCAAGAACACUUCACGCUUCACACUUGAUCACGGAAAAAGUACAAAUCACUUGACAAUUUUAAAUCUGCACAUUUCAGACUCAGCUACUUACUACUGUGCAUCUGCUUAAUUUGUGGUGCAUUUUGCAGAAGGCUCUACACUCAGUAUCAAAAGUUUAGGUUUGAACAUCCCAGCUUUGGUUCAUCAGUCAGUAUCUGAGAUCAUCCAGCCUGGAGGCUCUGUGACUCUGAACUGUACCGUAAACACUGGCAGCUGUGAUGGAGAACACAGUGUUUACUGGUUCAAAAACUCUGAGGACUCUCAAGGACUCAUUUACACCCACGGAGGCAGCAGUGAUCAGUGUGAGAGGAAACCCAACACUCAAACACACACCUGUGAGUACAACCUGCCAAUGAAGAACCUGAAUCUUUCUCAUGCUGGGACCUACUACUGUGCUGUUGCCUCAUGUGGACACAUACUGUUUGGAAACGGGACCAAGCUGGACUUUGAAGAUGAGGUCAACUCUCUUGUGUAUUUCUUGAGUGGAGCUUUGGCUUUCAACUCCAUUCUGGUCGUUCUACUGGCUUUCUUAGUGUACAAGAUGAACAAGAGAAACAACUGCCAAUCAACAGAGUCUGAAGCAAGAUUAUCAACUCCCUCUACAGCAAAUGCAGAGGGUUACCGGGAUGCAGACAGCAUCCAUUAUGCUGCUUUAAGUACCAAUGUGGCCAACAGAUCAAGACGACAGAAGAACAUCCCCAACGAUGAAUGUGUGUACUCUGGUGUCAAGCUGUAGACCUACCACGUUACAUUAUGUGUGUUGAUUUACUUUGAGAUCAAGUCGUUUUUCAAAUGUAAACUAGAUUUAGAAGUAGAUUUAGAGAAUCAUUUCUGUAUUUUCCGAGUGAUCUGUAUUUCAAAAUUGCAGCCAGAUAUUCCUAAUUGUGUUCAAAUUUACAGCUCAGGAUUUAUGCCCCAUGCAAACAGUACAAAUGCAUUUCUAGUAAAGAGGCGUCGAGUAAGGUGUACAAAUAUGGGGGUUGGAUGUGUGCAGUGCAAUACAUUUCCUGAACCUCAACCAAAGAACUCGUCAUAACAUAUCUUUUUAGAAUCCUCCAGAAAGCAAGAAUGUUGUGCUGUAUAUAUUUUCUUAUGUCCGUUGUAGUUAAUUAGUGAUAGCAAAGGGCUAAUUUAUUAAAUAAACUCUUCAAUCUGAGACAAUAUGUUAUGUGCAUGUGUGUUCACUUCCUCAUAUGACGAUAUCUCCUGUUUUUGACAAUCUCCAGACCUGUUUUUAUAUCAUUGUACUUUGUCCGAUACUAUCAAAGAAUAAAAAGGUGUGCUUUUCAAAAUA